AUGUUCUUUAAGUUUUCAGAAGCAGAAGCAAAUGCUAAUAUGUUAUUUGAAUAUGUUUUGACUACAGUUAAACUAACUGACCAUAUAUUAUUUGUGUUAACUGAAAAUUUACCAACUAAUUCACUGUUUUUAACUUCCAAAUUACCAGUAGAGCAUUUUAACCUUUUAGAUAGAGAACACUAUACUAAAAAUAUGUUACAGGAAGUCUAUUUGAAUGCUAGAGCAAUAAUUGCCAAUAUGUUAUUUGAGAUAACUAAAAAUGUUUUAACUGAUUUAUUAUGCUCAACUUUUGAAAUACUAAUAGAAUAUCGCAACUGCUUAGCUAAAGAAUGCUAUACUAAAAAAAUGAUACAAGACACCACUUAUCUAGCAGUUG